AUGUUUCGUCAACAGAUUGUCCGCCAGGCUCGCCUGUUCAGCACUACCCCCGUUGCCCGCAAGAGCCCUGUAGACGCUAUCAAGGAUGCCGCAAAGACUAUCGACAAGACUAUCUCUGGUGCUGCUGUGAAGGGUAUCGAGAAGGGCGAGGAAGUCGCCAACGCCGUCAAGGAAGCUACACCCAACACCGCGGGAGAGGCCAAGGGCCAGGCGAGCCAGGUUGCAGGCGAGGCCAAGGGAAAGGCGAGUGAGGUUGCGGGACAGGCCAAGGGAAAGGCGGCAGAGGUUAAGGGGGAGGUUAAGGGCAAGAUGUGA